CGACGUCUGAACGUUACGGAUCAACAACUGACGAGACGCCACUGGCAAAAGGGUACAGUACAGCCAUUACAUUACUUUUCAACCAAUGGUGAAAGGCUUUCGAAUGACAGAAUUACCGAAGCUGUUAACAUAACCUUAGAUAAAACCCUUAAGAAGUAAAUGUAUGUCAAGUCGUGUACGAAGCCAGUGUAGAAAUUACACAAAUAUUCAUUGUCUAGUCGAGAAGUAUAUUUCGACAAAAUGUCGCAGUGGGUAGGUUUUAUGGUAUCUGUUGAAACUGAAGAUACAGGCACAUAUCAAGGGAUUAUUUCUUCUGCUACUGGUUCUCAAAUUACUUUGGGAAAAGCCUUUUGCAAUGGAAUUCCUUGUAAUUCUUCCGAAGUUAUUAUAAGCGCCGAAGAUAUUACCAAUUUGCAAUUAAUUGAAAAACAAGAAAGUCAUUCGGGUGAAAGCACAGUUACAGUGGCAAAACCGAUUCCGAAGCGAGCUGGCCGUACUUUCAGCGGCUCAGAGAUUAUUUCGUGCGGUAAAAGUAAUGGAACGUACAGCUAUAUUAAAUCAAAACCAAUUGAUAUCGAAUACAAAUCUUCACACCAAGACUUGAGCUUGAAAUCAGCAACACCAAAAAACAAAUCGAAAAGUAAGUGGAGUAAAGGUUGGAGGGAUGAGUUGUGUUUUGGUUCGCCCUUGGAAAAUAUUGGCAAGGAUUUUGAUUUUGAAAAGAAUUUAGCCUUAUUUGAUAAACAGGCGAUUUGGGAUGAAAUUAACUCUCAAAAGCCGGAUGUUGUUAGACAAACUGAUAAAAAAAAUGGUAACAAAUACAGGCAUGACGAAAAUGUUCUUGCUACUGUCCCUACAGUUUAUCGACAAAUUACAGUUCCUAAACAAGAAUUUUGUGAAUAUGUCACAGACGAUGGUUUAAUUAUUCCAAGUAUAUCGAGAUCUUUACGAAAUAAGUUGUGGUGUGCGGCAGAUGUGUGCGGUUUAAGUUGUGAGAGAAGAAUCGAACUUAUGGGUAGAGCAGCUGCUGAAAUGACUUUACAGUUAAUUGGUGGUGGACAUAGGCUUAAUCCUCAUAAUACUCAUCAGUGCCCGACUGUGGUAGUUCUUUGUGGCCGCAACAGACAAGGCGCCAUGGGAAUAAAUGCUGCGAGACAUUUGGCAAGUCACGGAGUGAACACAAUCGUCUAUACAGUAAGUGUUGAAGCACCAGAAGUUCAACGAGAAAUCGCAUUAUACAAACUUACAAAGAAUAAAAUUAUAUCGACAGCAUCAAAAUUGCCUCAAUUAGUUGAUCUCAUUAUACUAUCACUGUGUGAAGAUACCGAUAAUCCACUAUGCCACGAUGAUUUGGCCGCUUGGACAAACAGUAAUAAAGCCAUAGUUUUAGCGUUAGAUCCGCCUUCCUCUGGUACACCGGGAAUUGUUACUAAAUUUAGCCUCGUACCUGUCUUACCCUUGGCUCAUUCAACUGAGAAUGGUAAAAUUUAUUUAUGCAAUUUAGGAUUUCCCACUCAAAUAUUUUACGAGGUUGGUAUUAAGUAUAAGUCUCCAUUUGGGUCUAAAUUUGUUAUUCCCUUACAUUUAAAUGAUGAUGUAUAAUCUCUGUUCCUAACCACACGGAAACAAUUUAUAAAAAAUACCUGUGGUUAAUCUUUUUAUGUCUAAAUGUGUAGGUUGCAGGUACUUUAUUUUCCUACGUAGCUGUUUUUGGGCUAACUACAUUUUAAUAACAUAUUUAUAUAUUGACAAUGGUAUUUUUACCACUUUAUUUUGUUGAACAAGUUUUUACAAAUGUGUAAAUGUGAUUAUUAAUUUUUCAAAACUGUCACUCACUAGUAAUAGUUAAUUUUAUGUUUGUACGUAAUAGUUGUUAAUUAUGCCAAUUAACAUGCUUUGUCCAAGGAGUGAUAUAUAUUUGUUAAAGAAAACUCCUUUGGUGUAGUAUGUAGGUAACUGUUGCUGAGAAAAACAAAUAUGUUCAGUGUAAUCCUUUGCAGUUACGAAAUUACAUUUGUGAUAUAUAUGCCAUUAUAUAAAAGUGUUUUAACUGAACAAAAGAAUAAAUCUUUAUAAACAA